UCUUGCUUCCUCUGAUAUCUGUGUUUUCAACAACAAGUCUACAACUCAAUCGAAAAAAACUACAAGUCUACAAAGGCAAGCAGGAGUCAACAAACACACAAACAGUCGCACUUUCUAGUUUGUUGGGCAGUGUUUGUAGUCUGAUACUAUCUGUAAACUUUGUGGUUGUGCAUCUGCUUCAAGGAUUAUUCCCUUUUCUUAAUUUAUCUGCUGGAUUCAGCUAUAGCACACCCAUAUGUAUAAUACUAUAUCGAUCUCUAUCACAUCUCUUGUCACCUCCAGUCCUCCCAGGCUGUCCUAAGUCCUAACCCCAUUUCUGCUGUAUAUUUCUGGUUUCUCAUAAUCCUUUUCCCUUUCUUUAUAACCGCUAAGUUUGAUGCAAAAAAUGGACCGAUGUGGUCGGAAGCGACCCAAAAUCACUACUUCUGAUCAGUCUGAAGAGGUUAUUAGCAGUGAAUGGGAGUUCAUUCAUAUGAGUGAGCAAGAAGAAGAUCUCAUCUAUAGAAUGUAUAGACUUGUCGGAGAAAGGUGGGAUUUAAUAGCUGGUCGGGUUCCGGGUCGAACAGCAGUAGAAUUGGAGAGGUUUUGGAUAAUGAGACAUUGUGAGGUGUUUGCUGAGAAACGAAGGAAGCAUAAGAAAGAAAACUCAAAAAUUGUUCCGCGUCGAACUUUCAGUGGAUUUGGAUAGUUGGCUUCCCUUUCCAUGAUUUAUGUGGCUUUUGUUAGAUUUGUUUCUCAAUGUAGUUCUUAGCAACUGUUUCGUAAAAAGAUUGUAAAAUUAAAUGGCAAAGGUAAUGUUCAUGAUCAUUGUGGUGUACCAAGCCUAAACUCACAACUCUCAUACUUUUCAGUGUACUGAAUGCGCUUUUCUACAA